GGGGGGACACGGGCGGAGGAUGCGGGGUUGGGAGCGCGGGGCGGGGACAGCGCUGCGGGGUGGGCGCUGAGCCGAGCGCGGAGGAAGAAAAGAAGGAAGGAAGGAAGGAAAGGAAAGAAGGAAGGAGGAGCUGGCCGGGCCGGAGCGAUGCUGGCGGCAGCAGCGCUGUGCGCGGCCGCGCUGGGCUGCGCGGCGGGGGCGCGGCUGCUCAGCGCAGUGGACGUUUCCCUCAGAAGAGGGCAGACGGUUUGCAGGCGUGGCACGCAGAAACCUUGCUACAAAAUCGUUUAUUUCCACGAUGCCUCCCGCAGGAGCAGCUACGAGGAAGCUCACCUGGCCUGCAGGGCCGACGGGGGACACCUGGUGAGCAUCGAGAGCCCAGCGGAGCAGAGACUGAUUGAAUCCUUCAUCAGGAGCCUGCUGGCCUCCGAUGGGGAUUUCUGGAUAGGGCUGAGGAGGAGGAAGGAGGAGGAGAACAGCACAGAGUGUCACAGCUUCUACUCCUGGUCUGAUGGGAGCUCGUCCAAAUUUCGGAACUGGUAUGUGGACGAGCCCUCCUGCGGGGGUGAGGUGUGUGUGGUGCUCUACCACCAACCCUCUGCCCCAGCUGGGCUGGGAGGUCCCUACAUGUUCCAGUGGAAUGAUGACAGGUGCUCCAUGAAAAACAACUUCAUCUGCAAAUAUUCCCUGGAGAAGCCAACAAGAGCUCCAAAAAACAAUUCCCAAAAAGCUGUGGCAACAGAGCCCUGGAGGGCAGAAUUCCCAGAGGAGAGGAGGAGGAAAAGUGCCAAUGGAACAGCUGGGGGAGCCAAAGAACCUGUUCAGAGCCUUGUCUACAUCCUGAUCUCCAUCAUUCCUGUGCUGCUUCUCCUGGUGGCCAUCACAGGCAUCUCCUGCUUUUGGCUGUUCCUGAAGAGGAGACAGGAGCUGGAGGAUGUGACCCCCAAGGGUGACAGUGCCUGGCUGCCACACCCCAGGAGGGACAGCCCCAAGCUGGACAUCUACAGAGUGAUCAACAGGCAGUCUGAGGCUGACCUGGCUGGGGCCAGGCCUGGCACCAAGAAUUCCUCUUUUCGUGCCCAGGAGGGGCUGGAGAGCCCUGGGGACCCCUCCAGCCCUGCCCUGGUGACACUGGCCAGCACAGAGAGUGGCUUUGUCACCAAUGACAUCUACGAGCUCUGUGGGGAGCGUGUGGGCAGGAGCAAGGAGUCCACCUGGGUGGACAAUGAGAUUUAUGGAUACUGAGGAAAUGGACCCAGAAAAACCACUGGGAUGUGGAUUUUGAAUAUCAGCAGGAGUUUACUCGCCCUCUCUGUGCACUUGGUUAACAGUGGGAUGUGUGGUGUUUGUCCUGGUUUUGCAUUGUCCCCUCAUUCUUCUGUUUUCUGAAAGAACUGGGGGUUUUUAAAGAUCCAAACUGAAUGUACAGAUCUUGCUUUGCACCAGGAAUGGCUUGUUAAUACCUUCAAUUCCUUUUUGUACCAAAGAUAUGCCUUGAAAGUGAAGGACAAUCCAAACCCUUAUUUAUUUACAGACCUCCUCCUCCUCCUCCAAGGUGCUAAAAGUUCCCUGUGCUGUGUGCUGAGCUUUCCUGGAGAUGCUGAAUGAAUGGAUGAAUUCCUCAGUUUGCUUUGCUUGUCUAUUAAAUUUCUUUAUCUCAACUCA